AUGACCGAACCGGCCAAAGUCUUCAUAAUCGGCCCCGGGUUCAUCGGUUGGAAUAUCCUUGAGCUUCUCGUUGACGAAGGAUAUUCUGUCACUGCCCUGACUCGCCGACAGCAACAUGCUGAGGGUAUCAAACAGUCUGGUGCUGUUCCGAUUAUGGGCUCACUGCAUGACCUGCACAUCAUCGAAGAACUGAGCGCAAUCAGCGACAUUAUCUUCCAAGUGGCAACGGGCGAUAAUUUGCCGCUGGUCCAUGCGAUUCUAGCGAGCGUGAAGACACGAGCCCAGCAAGGCAAAGGCACCAUCUACAUCCACACGAGUGGAGCAAAGGUGUUCGACGAUGGGGCCAAGGGCAUGUUCAGAUCGGAUAGGAUCUACCAUGACGACAGACGCGGGGAUAUGGACAGUGUCGCGGACGAUGCUCCGCAUCGAGAGGUCGAUCUAGCUCUGGCGAGAGCCCAGGAAGAGUGGCGAGACUGGUUACGGCUCGCUAUUAUUUUGCCCCCCGAAGUAUACGGCUACGACAGCAAACAUGGAAGACUGUCCAUGAUGAUACCCAAACUGACGCGAUUCGCCAUGAAGCAUGGCUACGCCCCAGUCAUCGGAGAUGGUCUAUCGGUGGAGACACAAGUGCACUUCCGCGACAUAGUCCGCGGAUACAUGACCGUGCUACACUUCUUGGAAAAAGCAGAUCAGAAAGACGUCCUGGCUAAUCCUUACUGGCUAUGCGAGAACGGCGAGGAGUUCUCAUGGAAAGAGGUCGCAGAGGUUAUUGGACGGGCAUUGCACGAGGCGGGCAAGAUCCAAGACCCGACUCCUCAACAGCCGCCGAGGGAGUUAUAUCAUGAACUGUGUGGAGAAAGGACGGAGAGCUAUAUGGGUCUUAACUGUCGAGCCCGAGCUGUGCGAUUGCGGAAAUUGGGCUGGGAAGCUCGUGAGAAGGGGAUUUGGGAAUCGUAUAUGGAAGAUGAAUUACCAGUCAUUUUGAAGGAAGCAGACUAA